AUGCUCAUUCUGACUCGGGGAAGUGUUAGUGUGAGUCAUUACGGCAUCUUGCACCAAACAUUGGCUCCCACAUCAGUCAUUGUCCAGAGCAACGUUAUUAAUAAUGGCCCCAGAGUGGCCAUAAGAGGAGUGGUACUGGGAGCUCUGAGAAGUUACUCUUCAGCUGUGCAGAAAUUUUCUCAGACCCUACAGUCCUUCCAGUUUGACUUCACUGGGGACACACUGACAGAUGAUGAGAUCAACAUCGCGGAAUCUUUUAAGGAAUUUGCUGAGCUCCUCAGUGAAGUUGAAAAUGAGAGGAUGAUGAUGGUACAAAAUGCUAGUGAUUUGUUGAUCAAACCACUGGAAAAUUUCCGUAAGGAGCAAAUUGGCCUCACCAAGGAGCGGAAGAAAAAAUUCGAGAAAGACAGUGAGCGGUUUUAUUCUUUGCUGGAUCGCCACUUGCAUCUGUCUUCCAAGAAGAAGGAAUCUCAGCUCCAGGAGGCCGACUUGCAGUUGGACAGAGAGAGACACAGUUUCUUCGAGUCGUCUCUUGACUACGUAUACCAGAUCCAGGAGGUUCAGGAGACCAAGAAGUUCAAUAUUGUGGAGCCCGUGUUGGCCUUUCUCCACAGCCUCUUCAUUUCCAACAAUCUGACGGUAGAAUUAACACAGGAUUUCCUCCCUUACAAACAGCAGCUCCAGCUCAGUCUGCAAAAUACAAGAAACCACUUUUCUAGUACCCGAGAGGAGAUGGAAGAACUCAAGAAGAGGAUGAAGGAGGCUCCCCAGAUGUGCAAGCUCCCAGGGCAGCCAACCAUUGAGGGCUAUCUCUACACCCAAGAGAAGUGGGCUCUGGGAAUAUCAUGGGUGAAAUACUACUGUCAAUAUGAGAAGGAAACCAAGACGUUGACGAUGACUCCCAUGGAACAAAAACCAGGAGCUAAGCAGGGACCUGUGGACUUAACCCUGAAGUACUGCGUUAGGAGGAAGACAGAAUCCAUCGACAAGAGAUUCUGCUUUGACAUUGAAACUAACGAAAGACCAGGGACUAUUACCCUGCAGGCCCUUUCCGAAGCCAACAGGCGGCUGUGGAUGGAGGCGAUGGAUGGAAAAGAGCCAAUCUACCACAGCCCCAUUACGAAACAGGAAGAAAUGGAACUCAAUGAUGUCGGGUUCAAAUUCGUAAGGAAGUGUACCAAUGCCGUGGAAGCCAAAGGCAUCACAACUGAAGGGGUUUAUCGGACUGUGGGCAGCAACAUCCAGGUUCAGAAGCUCCUGAAUGCCUUUUUUGGUGACUAUGAAAGCUUCAGUAAAGUACGCUCCCCAGGAGAAAAGCCAGCAAUUACUCGGCCUCCCGUGCGCCCCCCUGAUCCCCCGUGCCGGGCAAUCAUGCCCCAGAAGCCAGAGCCCAAGCCAGAUCCCAUGGCUGGAGGAACCCAGGAAGCCAUGGCCUCUGUGGUGGCUUGCCGGACCCGAUUCUUUGAAACAGCUUCUCGGAAGACAGGAAGGCUAUCACAGACUAUGGGGGCCUUCUGUGGUCUCUCAGAUUGGCUGCCUAAAGGCUUUCCCUGGCACCUAAUCUCAGAGUCUUCAGAAGACGCCUACUCCAACUUCUACCUGAGCCAGACUCUCCUCUCCAAGCCUCUCAUCCAAAUAACCACCUUCUACAAUAUCCCCUAUUGUCUACCUUCUUUCUGUGACUGGAAGAUCAUUGUGCUUCAACUCUUCUAG